AUGGGCAGCCAUGAUGACAGCGAUGUGCAUUGCCACAGACGCAAGAUUCAUCGAGAUCAGCAUCAGAUUCGACACAGAUUCUUGCAUCGGUUGGGCAUUACCUGCAGUGCCAGUAUCACUGGCGACAAGCCAUCCAUCACCAUGGGAACUGUCAGAACCAUCCCAAAGCUUUCAUCCAACAUCAACAAAGACAGUAGUAGUAGUUCCAAUGACACUACAGCAAUGGAACUUUCUUCUUCUUCUACCAGCAGCAGCUACCGACGCCGUGUGACCUUUGCGUUGUCUACUACCAAUGCCACACGAGAGAUUCCAUCGCAUCGCGACUAUGACGAGGAAACCAGAAGCCAAAUCUGGAUGGGAAUGCAAGAGAUUGAAGAGAAUGCUCGACGCAACCGCUUGGAAUUCCUGGCGGAUGGGUGCGACUAUCAACGAGCCACGGAAGAAAAGCAAAUGAUAAAGUGGCACCAGCAGCAAGAUGAUGAGUCGGAUACUACUGUUGUGGAACUCGUACAUCCAGCCACCUACUGGUUCCGGUAUCAGCAAGAACAGGACAAGAUCUUGAGGCAGCAAGAGCAAGAACAUCAUCAAUACAUCAUGACGAAACAACAAAAAGGGGAACAUGCUUUUUCGACACCAUGGAACAACAGCCGUCAUGAUGCAUCUGGCAUCAUCAAGAAAAGUCCUACUGCCAUGUCUUUGGCAGGAAUGGCAGCAUGA